CAAUUUCUUGUGGACUGCGGGAAAGGUCAUAGAGUUUGUUUCAUCAAUAAGGAAUGGAGCAGCAGAACGGAAAAGGCAACAGCAUUUUAACGUUAGCAACGAGGCAGUGCUUGUUUCGUUUAUUGUCUUUUCUUGACAAACGAUUGCCCGAAUACUGUGGUAUUCAUUCGUUUGUGUGUGCGGCGCUCGUUUCAUCGGAUCCAUCGUAUUUUGUUUAUUUCCGCAAAAAACAGCCAUCGACUACAUCAGCAGAAGAUAAUGAUUACUCACUCAUCGUUACUGCUCGCGCCGAAACUUGCACCGAGCCUAAACGUCAAAUUAGUAUGAAAUGCUGGACUUUGACUGCAUGGGCUGAUGAUGACGACAUGUUAGCUGAAGCUUAUGAAGCUGUUGAUGUAAUAGACUGGAAAGCGGAUGCAGCUAUCAUACACAGUAAACAUCACACGCCACAUCCGCUGAUCACGAAUUUUUUUGCUAGCAAACACGGAUCGGAAAAUGAAAACAGGGCUUGCUACCCAGCCGAUCAAUAUUUUAUACCCCUACAGGUUGCUUUAAAUCUCCAAAUCAGUGAAAUGAAUGGCGUUUACGUUAAAAGUCUGGAACCUUGUCACGCACAAUUAGUUUAUGAUCACUGGGGCUACAACGCACACACAAGGGUGGAAUAUAUUCGCCAAGAAAUUGAACUACUACCGUCUGCUGGUGUCUUUUUGAAGGAAAACGACGAGCUUGUGUCGUGGAUGACGUGCCAUCCACCCAACGGAAUGAGCCGACUCCACACGUUGGAGGAACAUCGCCGACGAGGAUACGCAUCACUGGUGACACAAUACCUAAGCAAACGAGUAGCGCAGUCUGCAGUUGUUCCAUGUGUCAACAUAGUCCUCGGUAACACUGCCUCGUUCAAGUUCUUCGACAGCAUGGGAUUCAAACAUCUCCGUUCUAUCAAUAUCAAUUAUAGUUUGGCGUAGUAUUGUAUCAUCACAUUCGAAUUAAACGUUUUAGUCUCGU